CAUUGUUCAGUGGGCAGCAAUAGAAAUAAAUGGGCAUUCAUAGUCUAGGCAGAGCCUUUCUUUCAGAUGGCAAUGUUGGCGUGGCUCUUCCGCCUAGCUGUGGAAUGAAUGAAACAAACAAAAGCUCAAUAAUUUUUUUUAUCUAAGGAGACAGUACAAGAACUAACAGGCAAUGUUACAUUCACUGAGAGGUGGACACACUUUAUAUCUAUUGCCAGAGGCUGUGUUGCUGGUUCUGCUGUUCCUACUCACCAGAGAACAUAAAGACUUAUCACUAGAGUCACACAGACAAGCAGUAGUUGACAAGACUCCACACUCAUCAGGGAAUUGAACUUUAUUUAAGAGACAAUUCUGCCAUUAAUAAGGAGGGUUUUCCAAGUAAUGCCACUACACAUUACACAGCAGUGAUGAAAACCAUGGCACAACAGCUCCUAGGCUUCUUCCUGGGACUCCUGGGCUUGGUUGGUACUCUGAUAUCAACAGUGCUUCCUCAAUGGCGCCAAACAGCUUAUUUUAGCACUAAUUUGAUCACUGCUUCAUACUAUAUGAAAGGUCUAUGGAUGGAGUGUGUUAGCCACACAGCUGGAAUUUAUCAGUGUGAAUUCCACCGAUCAAUGCUUUCUCUGCCUAAAGGUCUGCUGGCUGCACGGAUUUUAAUGGUGCUUUCCUGCAACACCUCAAUUUUGGCUGCCAUAGUUUCAGCUGUAGGCAUGAAAUGUACCCGCUGUGCCCAACAGUCCCAUGCCAAGGGCUACAUAGCUGUGAGUGGGGGGUUAUUCUUCAUCCUCGCUGGCAUUUUCUGCCUUAUCACUACAUCUUGGACAACCUGUGAUGUCAUCAUAGAUGCAUAUGAUCUCCUUUCUGCUGCUGGGAUGAAGUAUGAGAUCGGCUUGGCUGUGUACAUCUCUUUCUCAUCAGCUAUUUUCAGUAUUUUCGGCGGCGGGAUGCUAUGUGUUGCAUCAUGGGAUGUACGAAGUUAUGUAAGCCACAAGGUGGCAGAUCCACAGGUACCAGGCCCAAAUUUACUACAGCAUGUGACAACCUAUCAAACAAACACUGGCUUUGAAAAUGAUCAUUCAUCAUCACCAACUUUAUCCUCCAGCAGUGGAUAUAGGUUCAGUGAUAGCAUUAGUGAAAGUAGUAUUAAAAGUAAAACUUGAGGUAAAAAUUGCAGUAAAAAUGGUAAAGGUUCUGACAAAAUUGAAUAGCAUUCAUUGAUACAAUUAUAUAAAUAAAAAUAUAUAAUACAAAAAAAACAGCAAAAUUUUUUUUUUUUUUUAAUUUUAAAUAACAUUACAAUACCCAUGCUUAGUAAACUAAAUUAAGUCAGAUUAAAAUGAGAUCGUAGCAACAAAAGUAAGUAAAGUUGGUGUUGAUAAUUAAUUACAAUAUCUAUUAGAAAAAGAAUACAUUAUAAUAAAUACAUUGAGGUGGAGUGUGAGGGGAAGAAUGUUAUUAUUGAACAACUAACACAGGGCAAGGGAGUUGUACAGUGUGGUAGCUGUGGGUAUCUUUGCUGCACCAUAGCUGUGUCUGAAGCUGAAAGAGCUCCACUGAAUGAUGAGGUGUUCAUGGAGGGGGUGACAGUCAUUGGUCAUGAUGAGUGGCAGUUUAGGCAGAAUCCUGUCCUGCAAAAUUGAUUAUAGGGCGUCUAUAUUGUUCCAAUUAUCUGUCCAGCUUUCCUGUCUAGCAGCUCACAAGAAUUGGCAACGCAAAUAGAAAGAUGGAUAAAUAUAUUUAACAUAAAAGAAACAGACACAAUAGUGUAAACAAUAUACACAAUAGUUGUGCAAACAAGUAAGCAUAAUAAUAUAGUGUAAAUGCACAAGACUUUCAACAGACUGCAUAAUUUUGGCUGUUCAGCAUAAAAGAACAUUUACAUUGCUUGAGGUGAAAAAUAUAUUCAAGCACUCACACCCAUCUCUGAAACAGUAGCAUACUCCUAAUCUCGGGUGAGGCUAUGGAGGUUUAAAAAAAUGGCUUUUGGAAGCACAAUGAUUUCACGAGCCAAUAUGCUUGUAUACUAACGUGUAAUGUUGGCCAGUGUGUUAAGGUUUAAUUAGUCAUGUUUAAUCUUGUUUAAUACUAAUGCUAUUAUAUGUUCUUAAUAGUCUAUAUGGAUCAUACAAACUGUCAUUAUUAAGUUUAAAUUAUAGUACUUUUAUAAUGUUGACUGUUUUCAUCAACUGAACAUUGAAUGAUAACCCAGAGUAUCGUACAUUAAAUUUGGAUUUUGUGUAUCAUUACACCCCUACAAGCAACCACACAUUUCAUAGAGUUUAAAACAAAAAUAACUACUGUAAUCAUUCCACAAAUGCUAACAAUUGCAUAAAUGGAUCACUUGAAAUGGAAUGCAUUUUACGUAUAUUGAAGGAAUUACCAUGGCUGUUUAAGAGCAGGGCCAUGUCAGUACUCAAUGCUAGUACUAGAGUAUAUUUAAAUAUUAUAGAUCUUCAGAUCAUGAGGUAAAUUUAUGUUCAUUCUAGUUUCAGUAUUGUUGCUGAAUGAGCCAAGGAAAUAUUCCAAAUGAACUAAUUACAAUGAUUUUCUUUGUCAGAAUUUUAAUAAAUAUAAAACUGUCAUUCAGACACCAUAUGCCUUGUGUAUGUCAUUAUCUGAACACAGCUGUGUUUAUUAUUUAAAUUUAUCCCACAGAGAGCAUGCACAGUGACUCAGAUUGAGUCGAAACAAAUCAACAAAAUAUAUGAACACAAGAAUGGCAUCAACUAAUGAUGCAGUAGCAUAAAAAGAGGUUCUAAGAGGUUUUAAAGAAUGCAGUGAUUUAAAACACAUACACAUGUUAUAUUUGUAUAUUACUUCUAUUUUAAGAUCCAGUAAUUAAUUAAUGUGCAAAAAUAAUAUAUGCCCAUCCCACCUUGACAUGAACAGUAUGCUGAGACAGAUCCAGGUGCAGUUAAAGACUUUAAUGGAGGCAAUACAGACAAAUCCAGAAAUCACUCAGCAAGGACAAGAAACAGGCUUAUGUCAGGCAAUCAACAAACAUUGCAAACAAGAUUAGGCAAAAACACAGGAAUCUAUGUACAGGCAGAAUCAAGAACCAGAGUACCAAACAUGUCACAACAAGGCUUGGUAAAGUCAGUAGCACAGGACAACCUGAGAAUUUACUUCACAAAGUUUUGUGAAUGAAUGUUCCAGGUUUAAAGUGUAUGUCAGACUAGGAGCAGGUUUGUGUGAACAGAAGUCUGAUGAUUGGAUGUAGGUGUUCUGGGGGAGCGUAAUAUGGGACGGCAAAGUCUGCAACCUGUUCAGAGAAAUGGGGUGUGUGGAUUUUAUAGCUCUGACAUGCAAGUUU